GAAGCUAGGGUUCAAAUCACUGUAUCCCCCCAUGAAAACACGGAGGCAGCACGCCGCCGCCGAGGAGGCUCUAACCAUUUCCAGACGCAGUACACUACUAUCUCCAUUCUCGAUCGGAAACUCAGAGACGAUCCCAAUCGAUCUCAUACUCGAAAUCUUCUGGAGAUUGCCGGCUAACUCCAUAGCGAAAUGCCGCUGCGUAUCCAAGUUCUGGGACUCCACACUCCGCCGCGCAGAUUUCACGGAGCUUUACAUCACCAGGUCUCUUGCUCUUCGUCCGCAGCUCUUGCUCUCUUGCGUGGAGAACGAGGAGCUGUUCUUGUUCUCCAUACCCCAGGUCCAAAAUCAAGAUUCUGUAACCGCCAAUUAUCACUCGAGGUUCCCCUGUGGAGGACGCUCCUCUAAAAUCGUCGGUCCGGUCCGCGGUUUAGUCUGUUUUACGCAUCUUAAAAAGUAUAAGAGAACCGCGCCGGUUAUAUGUAACCCUAGCACGGGACAAUCUUUAGCUCUACCCAACGUGAAGACAAGGAGUACUCUCGUGAACAGUUUUCUUGGAUUUGAUCCGGUUGGUAAACAGUUCAAGAUAUUGGCACUGACCACGAGGGAUUAUCAUAAUUGCGAAGAGCAUCAGGUUCUGACUCUAGGGACUAAGAGAAAGAUGUCUUGGAGGAAGAUUGAGUGUUCGGUGUCCCAUUAUUUUAUGCAUAUUACUCAUGGGAUAUGCAUCGAUGGUGUUGUGUAUUAUGUAGCUGGUGUGAAUGGGCCUCCGAUGGCUAAUGGUAUAGUUUGCUUUGAUGUUAGGUUUGAGAAGUUUAGUGUUGUUAAUAGGGAUGAGGAGAUGGCAUUGUGGAGUCAAUCAACUCUUGUGAACUACAAGGGUGCAUUAGGUGCGCUUUUGUCUGAAGGGUUUACCGAAGUUACCGGAGAAACUAAAUGUUUUGAGUUGUGGGUUUUGGUAGAUGCUGAGAAACAUGAAUGGUCGAAGCAUAUAUCCAUAUGUCUGCCCCCGUUGUGGAAGGACAUAGUUGCAGAUGCCACUUUGUUCUUUGUUGGUGUCACUGCUACAGAUGAAAUCGUGUUGUCGCCGACCUAUGUAUCCGAGCCUUACUACUAUUCAUCCGAGCCUUACUGUUUCUAUGUUUACUACUACAACAUCGAGAGCAAUACAAUCCAAAGAGUUGAAAUCCAGGGAAUGGAUGCGUUUAAGGAUUGUAGUGUUCGCAUCUCUCUAAACCAUGUAGAGGACGUGAAGCUUUUGCAAUAUAUUUAGGACUUUAUAACUCUAGCUUUAUAACAGGUCAUGGGACCUUACUUCUCCUUAUGCUAUUUGAUGAUUUUUCUCUGUUUUUCUGUUUGUGUGAUGGUGGAGACUGUAUCAAUCUCUGUGUUUACAGUUUAGCCUUUUGAAAUCUUCUCGUCAUGAGUAAGCCACUUUGUGGGUUGUGUUUGUGAGUUAUAUAUUAUUUCCACUGGUAAAAGACCA